AUGGCCGCCGCCGUCCGCCUCUUCCUGCGCCGCCGCCUCGCCACGGCCACCGCCACGCCUCCGACCCCGGCCUCCAUCCUCAACCCAUCAUCCCCGACCACCCCGCUCACCUCGCAGCAGAAGACCCGCCUCGCCAUCUCCCUCCUCAAGUCCUCCCCGCCGCCGCCCCCCGACCAGAUCCUCUCCAUCUGCCGCGCCGCCGCACUCUCCCCAAAGACCCACCUCGACCGUGUUGCUCUCUCCCUCGCCACCUCGAGGCUCUCCACCGCGCCGGACUCCCUCCGAGACCUCACAUCCUCUCUUCUCAUCCCCCACCACGCCCCCCACGCCAUCGUGCUCUUUGGCCAGGCCGGCCUCCUCCCCGACGCCAUCUCCACCUUCCAGUCAUCUCCCUCCACCCGCUCCCUCAACGCCCUCCUCUUCGCCUGCAUCGUCGCCGGCAACCAUGCCGAGGCCGCUCGCAUCUUCCAGACCUUCCCCGACGCCCACCGCGUCAAGCCCAACGCCGAGACAUUCAACUCCAUUAUAAAAUCCUUCUCCGAGUCCGGCACCACAAGGUCCUUCUACUCGGUGUUCGAUGAAAUGUGCAAGGAGGGCGUGAAGCCCACCGCCACCACAUUUACUGCCGCGAUUGCUGGGUUUUACAAGGAGGAGCGCUUUGAUGAUGUAGAGAAGGUGAUUAAGCUCAUGAAGAAGCACGGCUGUGGCGAGUCACUGCAAGUGUACAAUGCAAGGGUUCAGGGGCUGUGCAAGCUUGGCCGGAAUGGUGAUGCCAGGGCAUUACUGAGUGAGAUGGCCAAGAAAGGGACGAAACCAAACUGGGUUACUUAUAACCAUUUGAUUUAUGGAUUCUGUAAGGAAGGGGAUUUGGAGGAAGCGAAGCGGCUGUACAAGGAGAUGGGAAAGAAGGGGCUUGUUGGGGAUAGUGGCUUCUAUUUUACUGUCAUUUUUCACCUUUGUAAGGCUGGCGAUUUUGAUACUGCCCUUGGUGUAUACAAUGAGAUAAUACCUAGGAAUUGGGUACCGUGCUUCUCGACCAUGAAGAUGCUUGUGAAUGGGCUUGCUGGGAGCUCGAGAAUCGACGAGGCAAAAGGGAUCAUUGAGAAGAUGAAGGAGAAAUUCCCGGACAGAGAUGAAGGGUGGAAAGAGGUAGAGGAGGCAUUACCUCAAUAG